UUACUCCAUUGUUAGGAUAGUUCUAUCUAGCAGAAAUAAUCUGCAAGGUGAACUAUGCUAAAUAUUUAAUGCUGCAUGAUGGGCGAACAUGCUUCUAUAGCCUAUGUUACAUUCAAAGAUACUUAUGCGCUGGAAACUGCUAUAUUACUUGGUGUAAGUUUCUGCUUUACUCCAUUGUUAGGAUAGUUCUAUCUAGCAGAAAUAAUCUGCAAGGUGAAUUAUGCUAAAUAUUUAAUGCUGCAUGAUGGGCGAACAUGCUUCUAUAGCCUAUGUUACAUUCAAAGAUACUUAUGCGCUGGAAACUGCUAUAUUACUUGGUGUAAGUUUCUGCUUUACUCCAUUGUUAGGAUAGUUCUAUCUAGCAGAAAUAAUCUGCAAGGUGAAUUAUGCUAAAUAUUUAAUGCUGCAUGAUGGGCGAACAUGCUUCUAUAGCCUAUGUUACAUUCAAAGAUACUUAUGCGCUGGAAACUGCUAUAUUACUUAGUGGAUCCACUAUAUUAGAUCAAUGUGUUCGUGUAUCUCGCUUGGAAGCACAAAUAGAUGAAUUUGAUCCUUGGAAUAACUCUAGGGAUAAGGUGGAGAAUGGAAGCAGCUAUGCGGGCACUCACACAAAUGAGUUCGUUUCAACUCCUGGAGAAGCUGUGACUAUGGCACAGCACGUAGUUGAAACCAUGAUAGUGAAGGGAUAUGAACUAAGUAAGGAUGCGCUAACCAAAGCCAAAGCAUUUGAUGAAUCAUAUCAGGUCUCAUCCACCGCAGCAGCAAAGGUGGCAGAGCUCAGCAAGAGAGUGGGGCUUACUGAUAGAAUUCAGUCUGGCAUGGAGACUGUUAAAUCCGUGGACAAGAAGUACCAUCUUUCUGAACUUACCAUGUCCGCUGCGUCUUUUACAGGGAAAACAGCCGUAGCUGCUGCAACUACUGUGGUUAACAGUAGUUACUUCUCCAAGGGAGCUCUUUGGGUUUCAGAUGCUCUGAAUCGGGCUGCCAAGGUGGCUGCUGACUUGGGUAAUAAUGGUGUCAAAAAAGAAACAGUUCCUCUGCAAAUGGACUAAAGAGGUAAAUAGGGUUGACGCAACAUUGCCAAUAUGGAGUUGUUCAAAGGUUUUAAGCUUUUCAUGGAGACUUAAGAUUUUACAUGAAUGUGAAUAUUAAAAGUUUUAGCUAGAUAUAGUUUGCGGUGUUCAAAUGAGAGUGGGCUACAUGAUCUAAAUAUGAUUAAUACAUUGUGGUAAUAUGUUGAUAUUUUACAAUCAAUCGAUUUGAUUUCUUUUCC